UAAAUUAAUCACGUACAGAGUGACAUUCGUUCGAUUUACUAGCAUUUCAUCUUCGUAAUCAUGUUGAUCAUUCAAAAUUCCAGUAAUCUCAGGACACACAUUCAUCCAAUAAGCCUUCAGCUAAUAAAAUGGAUGUCCACCGGCCCAGUUUUUAAAGUAGCCGAAGUGGAACGAUUCGCAAAGGACUGCGUAUUAAAAGUUGGGAGCUCCGAAGAAAACGCAGAGAUAUUUUCAAAAGUGCUGAUACGAGCUGACCGAAUGGGCAUCAAGACUCACGGCCUCAACCGCCUAGAGAUGUACAUUAGAGAGAUCCAGAAUAAAGUGUGCGACCCGAAGGCGAAACCGACGGUGGAAAAGGAAACUGUGGCGACAGCUUUGGUGAAUGGUCACAACUCUUUAGGUCACAUUGUCGGGAAAUUCGCAAUGGAGACGGCAAUUGCCAAAGCUAAGAAGGAAGGGGUGGGAAUGGCAGCCAGUUAUGAUGGUAUUCACUAUGGAGUUGCUGGCGUGUACACAAUGCAAGCCGUCGAUGCUGGUCUGAUUGGAUUUACAUUUACAAACACGUCACCCCUUGUAGUUCCCUGGGGGGGCAAAGAUCGUGCCCUCGGAACAAAUCCGUUUUCAAUUGCAGCUCCAGGACUAGAUGGGGACUGUUUCGUUCUGGACAUGUCAACAUCUGAAGUGGCCGUUGGAAAGGUGGAAGUUUUAAGAAAGAAAGGCUUACCGGUACCACCUGGAUGGGCCAUCAAUGUGGAUGGCUCUUCAGCUACAGAUGCCGAGAAGGUCGUCAAGGAUCCCCGACUCCUGCCGUUCGGUAGUCCGGAGUGCGGGCAUAUCGGUUAUGGUCUUAGUGUCAUGGUUGAAAUGAUAACUGGUGUUUUGAGUGGAGCUGAUUUUGGACCUUUCAUCAAGGAAUUUACGGAUCCAACAAGGAAAAGUAAUUUAGGUUACAGCUUCAUUGCAAUUGAUCCUACACUGUUCAACCAAGAUUUUAAAAAGAGGAUAUCACAAUAUUUAAAUCAUAUUAGGAGUCUUCCACCUAUUGUUCCAAAUCAACCUGUUUUAAUUGCUGGUGAUAUGGAAAGAAUAAAUUUGAAGAAAACUGAUGAAAUAGGUGUUCUGGAUUAUCCACCGAUGCAAGUGGAAUUAAGUGCUAAGUUAGCAAAAUCCAUAGGGGUUACACCCUUGACACCCGUAUGAAUAUGAUUUUUUUAUUAAUAAAGUGUCCAAAUUAAACAA